GAAAAUUAAAAGUGUGACAUUCAAAGGAAGGAAACAACACAAGCGCACUGGUAGCAUCAGCUGCAUGCACGUGUUGAAUUAGCUGGAAGACGUAGUAGAUAUUGUAGUUGUAGCACAGAUGAUUAUGUCAUCUGUAAUUAAACAACAAUGUCUUCAGUUGAGUAUUUGAGAGAGUUUGUCAACGAGCGACUAACUGCUGCUGCUGAAGAAAUAUUCAGAGGUUUUAAUAAAACUAUCUUCGAGUACGAGGAAGAGAUCGAUCGUCAAAGCAAACUGUUGGAUAUCUUUUGGAAACCUGAAAUAAAGUUACACAGGAUAGAGCUCCCACAGCAACAUGUCUGUAAGGAGGAGGAGGUUCUCGCUGACCAGCAGCUCUGUAUUCAGGAGAGGAACUCCAGUCUGGACCAAGAGGACCCAGAGCCUCCAGAGAUUAAAGAGGAACAGGAGGAACUCUGCAUCAGUCAGGAGGGAGAGCAGCUUGAACUGAAGCAGGAGACUGAGACCUUUAUGUUGACUCCUACUGAUGAGGAAAGUGACCACAUCGAAGGUCAGACUUGCAACAUGAGAAUUGAUGAAACCUAUAGUUUGAUGGAGGAAAAGCCUCUAAGCUACAUUUCAGUUAAAAGUGACCACAGUGAAGAUCAGACUCUGGACUUUAAUCCUGACAAAAGUCAGAGUGUAGCAGAGACAGAGCUCCCAGCUAGCAUCAGUCGGCUAAAAGAUGAUUCUGACCGUGAAAAUCCUGAAGUAUCAGAACCAAACAGUGACCACCAGCUCCUCUCUCACAACUCUCAUGAAGCUGAAAGCCAAGAUCAGAAAGGAGGCCAGAAUGGAGACUCAACUAGAAAUGCAGAGCCAAAACCAAAGAAUGAAGAUCACAAAAGCAACAGUCACACUAUCAAUGUAUCUAACCCUACUACGUCAACGACUCACUGUAAUACCAAAACAGGUAAAAGCCUUUUCCAAUGUGUCACGUGUGAGAAAGCUUUUAAGUUUAAGUCACAUUUUCAGAGACACCUAAGUAUACACACAGUUAAAAAGCUGUAUGCUUGCAAAACAUGUGGAAAAGAUUUCAAAUACAACAGUCACUUGAUAGUCCACAUGAGAAUCCACACAGGUGAUAGUCCAUAUACUUGUGAAACAUGUGGGAAAGGUUUCAGAUGGAAUAGUUGCUUAACGCUCCACAUGCGAAAGCACACAGGUGAGAAGCCACACCUUUGCAAGACCUGCGGGAAAAGAUUCAGUAACAUUUCAGUAUUGAAAAGGCAUGUGACAAUUCACACAGGCGAGAAGCCGUAUACCUGCGAAACAUGUGGGAAAGAUUUCAGAUGUAGCAGUAACUUGAGAGUCCACAUGAGAAUCCACACAGGCGAGAAGCCAUACCUUUGCAAGUUCUGCGGGAAAAGACUCGGUGACCAGUCAGCGUGGAAAAGUCAUAUGGCAGUUCACACAGGUGAGAAGCCACAUACUUGCAAAACAUGUGGGAAAAAAUUCCAAUACAAUAGUUACUUGAUACGCCACAUGAAAACCCACACAGGUGAGAAACCAUAUUCGUGCGAAACAUGUGGGAAAGAUUUCAGACGUAGCAGUCACCUGAGAGGCCACAUGAGAAUCCACACAGGUGAGAAGCCGUGCCUUUGCAAGACCUGCGGGAAAGGAUUCUGUGACGUUUCAUCGUUGAAACAACAUAUGAGGAUCCACACAGGUGAGAAACCAUAUUUGUGCAAAACAUGUGGGAGAGCUUUCAAACGUCGCCGUGAAUUGACAGUACACAAUAAAAAAAGUCCACACCGGUGAGAAGCCGUACCUUUGUAAAAUCUGUGGAAAAAGAUACUUUGAUUUGUCUCACUUGGCAAGGCAUAUAAGAUUGCAUUCAGACAAGUAGCCUUGUAUUUGCAAAAUUCGUGGGAGACAAUUUAGUUCUCAUGGUUCAUGGUUAAAACAGAACAACUGACAGAAGUGAGGAGCCCCAUAAUUGCAGAACUUGAAGGAAAAGUUUUACUCUUAUCACAGAAUUGAAAAAACACCUGAGGAUCAAUAAACACAGGAGGAACUUUUGAGCUGAAACUGCUGUGGAGAUGUGUUUGCUAACUGAAUGAAAUACAAACGCUACAUCUCUUUAACUGAAUGUCAACAAUUCCUUUGAGAGGUGGUCACAAUAUCUUAUUAUAAUAAAGUAGUACAUUUUCUUCAUAUUACUACAUUAUAUCUUUGAAAUAAUCAUAAUCUCUCAAAUCUUUCUUGCGCAAUGAGUUUAUAGCUCUUAUACACACUUUCAGUCUGUAAAAUGAAUAUUAUUAUUUUUUUACAAUUUUUAUACACCACCUUAGUCAUAUGAGUGGAUUGUGAACUGUAAUGUUGAAGCUGAGAAACCCUUUCUCUACUGGGGCUGGGUCGUGUAUGUUGCAAUUCUUCCAAUGACUUUUCUUUUUUGUCAUGUCAUUUAAUUUAAUGUUUUUGAAUGUAUUUUGGGAUUGCAUCAACUUGUUAUAAUUUCUGUUGUUUCUGGACUUCAGAAGUGACACACAAACAGAAAUUGUACAUGGUGCUCUCAAACGAAUCAGCCCAAGCAGUAGUAAUGAAUGAAUAGUGAAUGAAUGCAAUGAUCAGUGCCCAAAGGGAGGUGGGCACGGAAAUGCUGUUUUGUGAUCUCAUGUUUGUAUUUUAGCAAUAAAGCUUUGUAAGGUGAUGUAAGAAAAAAAGCUAUAAGUAUAUUCUGUUCAUUAAGGCUGCAGAUGUGUGUGAGUGACAUUAAAAGCAAAAAGUAGUCAUAGUGAAGAAUAGAGUGUGGCAGCAUGCAAGAGGUGUUUCAAUGUUGGAGCUCACCGGCUGAAGAUAGAGUAAAUAUUUUAUUUAAUACCACUAUGAAGUUUGAUCAGUGGAGCUGCCUUAUUUUAAAACAAAUAUAUAUGCAUGUACUCAUGUACAACAAUGAUUGUCCUCUGUUGGCCAAGAUUAAAUGUAAAUUCCACACAAAUCUACGAAUAAAAAAACAAACAUC